AUGACGAGAGACCGAAGCAGAAGUCGAAGCCCUUUCAAGGAUCCUCAUGAAAAGCGGAAAGAAGAUGAAUAUUGGGAACAGUAAGCGGGUUUAGCUUAGGAACCUUACAAUUAACCUUUAUUCUUGUAUUUUUUUUAACAAUGUCGUUUUAGACGUCGCAAAUCUCGAGCCAAAAUUGCAGAAGAAGGAGUCCGAAGAGUAUGGGGAAUAUCACCCACAAGGGAUGCAUUGCAAGAAAUUUAUGAAGAGUAGGUUUAAAGCAGAAUCAUUGUUACUUGUUUAGGUUGGACGAGAUCAAAAGACAAGCAGACAAAGAAGAAAAGGAAGCCGAGAAAAUACAGAAACAAAAGCUAAAAUCAGAAAAGAAAUCCAAGAAACACAAAAGAAAACAUGAUUCUUCAGACGAUUUAGAAGGAAAGAAAAAGAAGAAAUGGAAAAAGGAGAAGAAGUCGAAGAAAAGCAGGAAGGAAAAGAAACGUAACAAGUCACCGGCCCCUUCGACAUCUUCUGAGAGUGAAGAAAUUCAAAAAGAAGAAGAUGAAUGGGUUGAAAUGACAAAAGAGAUUAGAGAAGAGGUGGAACAGCAACAGAAGACGGAGGAGAUAGGGCCUCAGAUCCCGGAACACCUACUAAGGAAGAACGAAAUCAAGUACUUUGAAUUGGAUGCAAUGUAAGUAACUGUUUCAUAUAUUUUGAUGUUAGUUCAGUGAUCGUAAGAAUAUACCUCGAGGAGAAGCCGCAGCUAUGGCGGCAUAUGCCGCCCAAGGAAAAAGAAUACCGAGACGAGGAGAGAUUGGCCUUUCCUCUGAUGAGAUUGCUACGUUCGAAGAUGUUGGUUAUGUGAUGAGCGGAACAAGGCACAAAAGUAUGGAGGCGACUCGGCUCAGGAAGGAAAAUCAGGUAGGUUGACAAAGUCUGGGCAAAAGCAACUCUUCUUUUUCAGAUUAUGACCGCCGAAGAGAAACGAUUGUUAAGUGGAUUCACACAAGAACAACGGAAGGAGAAGGAAGAGGCAGUUAUGAAUCAGUUUAAGAGUUUAGUGUCUUCGAAACGGCAAUAA